AUGCCAGAAACAAGUGAACCAAACGAAUAUAGGGAGGAAGAAGGUAGACAAGAAGAAAUUAGACCAGAAAAUAAACUUGAAGAUAUAACCUCUGAGGUUAAUGAUGAUGAUGUUGAUAUAUUAGCUAAAGAUCUUUUAAUUAAAAAUAAUCCAGAAGUUCAAGA